UGUGGAACAGAGCAACUGAGAAUGAGAUGGGUGGAAUUUGGGAGAAUUUGUAGUUGAGAUCAAGCAUUAUCUGCAAGAUUACCAGAGCUAAAUACAGAAGGGCUGAGGAGCCAGGGUGCCACUUACACUAUCUCUAUCUGUUUUGGGUCAAUAACAGAGGAAUACAGCAAGUGAGGACCCACAUUGUGUGAGAAUCUUAUUUAAAUCCCAUAGUACAAAUGUUUUUCUUAUUGUAGUCACUGAUUAUUAUUAAUCACUGAGUAGUCAGAGGCCAAAAAGAAUCUUUUCUCUGUGAAACUGUAAAUGCUUGUUCCAGUCAUGGCAAUUUCCUGACAAUGCCAUUACUUUCUGAUAGAAGCAAUUUAGUGCUAAUGGAUGCCACUGAAUUAUUUCCCCUGCUUCUCUCUUAAGGGUAAUAGGCACUGAAUGUGAAUGCUGCCUGGGGUUUGCCACCUUUCUUGUGGUGUCUGUAAACUAAAUGUUGCAGCACUGUGCUGGGGAAACUAACCAGCCUCACUGAUGCCACAAUUGAAUGAGAAGACUGUGUGAGAGUGAGUGCUUGUUAAUUACAGUGAUAGUGAGCUCAAGGGCAGAGCUUUAUUCCUAGUGAUGCUAGGGUUAAAUACUCAUGACUAGGAACAAAGGCUUGUCCUGGAACGAGUGGGGGUGUUGUCUUUUCAGUUGUGCUAGUGCGUUGAAGGGCAGGUGUGCCUGGGUGCUGAACCAUGAACUAGGAUGUGCAAUUUGAUGCAAAGCCUUGGUUUGGAGACCCUAGUUACAUCAAGGCAGUAGCAGGGUCUCAGUGAUUGACCCUACCAGUCAGCAGCCCUAUCUGGGCUGGAGCCUGGUAGCUGGCUGCAAAGUGCCAUGCUGCUCUUGGCAGCAUUUGGUGCUCUGAAGCAUUAGCUUCAUGGCCUGUCCUGCUCCCUCUAUUACCCUUCCUCCCCUUGUGGGGAGGGACCCAGACCCCUUCUGCUAAGGUGGGAGGGGAAGACUCUUCAGCCUCCCUGUGGGAUUCUUGCCAGGGUCAGCAAGCAGGGUGAAUCUCCCCCUCCAGGCCCUGAAUGAAACUAGUCUAAACCCUGUGCCCCCCUGAUGGUGGGGCAGGGAGGUUAGGUCACCCUAUUUCACUGAUAUGCCCCUCUGUGGAUACCACCUUCAGACACUGUUGGAAGUGAUGAGUUGGAGGGGCUGAGGCACUGGCCCUUGGCAGGGGGAGACACUGCAGCAGGCUCCACAGUCUAGGGAAGGGGAAUCAUGGGGGUCUGAGCCAGAAGCUUCAAUUUUUCCACUCACCAACCAAUCCACAGACCUGUCUCCCUCCGCCAUUAUCUAAAACUUGGUGCCCUAUGCCUAGACUGCCCUGCUGUGUUAUCUGCCUGCCUUCCUCCCUCCCCCUAGCCUUCAGUUACCACUGGUAAAGGUAAACUGGUGGUAGCAAUAAUGGAUUUUGUCAUUCCUUCCCCCCUUCCCCCCCCCCCCCAAAAAGGCUAGUGUAGACGCCAUCUUAGAUACAUGUGCUUGUUUGGUGUAAGUGGGGUUGACUCUUGUCACCUCAUCCACUCUUGUGGGAAACUCGGGGUGCAAUCUACAGCUGGGCAGAGUAAUUUGCCCUCUGUGCUCUGGUGGCUUUGAUCCAUGUCUCUUGAUUACUCUCCUCUUCCGCACAAGCGAGAUUUCAGUUCGUGAAGCGAGCAGGCUCUUUCCCGCGGGUGGGGAAGUCAGCAGUCGUUGGAGCUGGGAGGCGCUAGAGCCCACAGAUGAGUGCCCCUCUCUCCCCGCCUAGCGGGGCUCAGACACGCUCAGCUCGGCCUGCCGCUUGUGUUAGACAGGGGAGGGUCAGGGAACGGCCGAAUGGUGCUGGCUGGUUCCCUAGCCCUUUAGGGGCAAUGGGCGGGUAGGGCGUUCGUUGGGGCUGUCCGAGCCCGCGCCCAGCGCAGGGACCGUGUCUCCGGGCACCGCGAGGCCGCGUGCACCAUAAGAGAAGCGGUUGGGGUUAUUCAAGUGUAGCUGUGCUGAAAACUGCGCGUGCUCGCAGGCUGGGAACACUAGCUGCACGGGGUUGAGGUCCCUGGUUUUCUUUACCACAGAAAGGCGAACACCAGGGAGGAAACGCAUGCGCGUAGAUGCGCCGACGGCGCCUGUUGGUGCUAGAGAGCAUGCGUAGUUGGUUCGCAAAGAGGGGGGAGCCAUGCACGUAUUGCAGAUGCGCAGCACGGUCUGUUUAUGCGCAUGCGCCCCGGGCCUCAUUCCCAGCCACGGCGCCGCGCAGUUUACAAACUGGUGGUGAGCAGCGCCUGCUGACCCCAAGUCUCCGUUUGGUCGCUGUCGUCUAGCCACCCUCAACCCCUCCCUCCCCCCCAUCCUCCCGGCAGUGAGCGGGAAAGCACGCGCUGUGCAGCGCAGGGGUCUCCGGCCUGCCGGCUGCCCCGGGGCGGUGGCUGGGACUUGUGUUCUUUGUGCGGCGGCAGAGCCCGGCCCAACGGAAGCGGGAGCACGCGCCGCCAUUUCCUAACGCGCCCUCGCCACAACCUCAUCCGCUUGCUGCUGCCUGACCGGGACUAGGCGAUCUCCGGACAGGAUCAGGCUCGGACCCUUAACGCCAACGCGGAGCGCCACCAUGUCGACGGAAGGCGAAUCGGAGCCGAGUCUUGCUUCCAGCAUGAUGCUGAACACGGAGGGCGGCGAGGGCUUCGUAGUGAAGGUGCGCGGGCUGCCUUGGUCCUGCUCCGCCGAGGAGGUCCAGCGAUUCUUCUCCGAAUGCAAAAUUCAAAAUGGAGCUUCGGGUAUCCGUUUCAUCUAUACAAGAGAAGGCAGACCAAGCGGAGAAGCUUUUGUUGAACUUGAAACGGAAGAUGAUGUGAAAUUGGCACUGAAGAAAGACAGAGAAACAAUGGGACACAGAUAUGUUGAAGUUUUCAAGUCAAACAACGUUGAAAUGGAUUGGGUUCUGAAGCAUACUGGUCCUAACAGCCCUGAUACUGCUAAUGAUGGUUUUGUACGUCUUAGAGGACUCCCAUUUGGCUGUAGCAAAGAAGAAAUUGUACAGUUCUUUUCAGGGUUGGAAAUCGUGCCAAAUGGGAUAACAUUGCCGGUGGACUUCCAGGGGAGGAGUACGGGGGAGGCCUUCGUGCAGUUUGCUUCACAGGAAAUAGCUGAAAAGGCUCUAAAGAAACACAAGGAGAGAAUAGGGCACAGGUACAUUGAAAUCUUCAAGAGUAGUCGAGCAGAAGUGCGUACUCAUUAUGAUCCUCCCCGCAAAUUACUGGCCAUGCAGAGGCCAGGUCCUUAUGACAGGCCUGGUGUUGGAAGGGGCUAUAACAGUCUUGGUAGAGGAAGUGGUUUUGAAAGAAUGAGACGUGGAGCUUAUGGUGGAGGUUAUGGAGGCUAUGACGACUACAAUGGAUAUAGUGAUGGCUAUGGCUUUGGUUCUGAUAGAUUUGGACGAGAUCUAGAAUGGACUCUUCUCUCCACAGGCAUGUCUGACCAUAGAUAUGGAGAUGCAAGUUCUACUUUCCAAAGCACAACUGGUCACUGCGUACACAUGAGAGGAUUACCUUACAGAGCUACAGAGAACGACAUUUAUAAUUUCUUCUCACCUCUGAACCCUGUAAGAGUCCACAUUGAAAUUGGACCAGAUGGUAGAGUGACUGGAGAGGCAGAUGUUGAGUUUGCUACUCAUGAGGAUGCUGUGGCCGCCAUGUCCAAAGACAAAGCAAAUAUGCAACACAGAUAUGUAGAACUCUUCUUGAAUUCUACAGCAGGAGGAAGUGGUGGUGCAUAUGGCAGCCAAAUGAUGGGAGCAAUGGUCAAGGAAUCGGAAGGGGUAGUUCAAGAUUGGAACACUAGCACAUUGCCAGGAAACCAAUCCACUUAUGGUGCUAAUCAGCAACUGAGUGGGGGUUAUGGAGCUGGCUAUGGCACUCAAAGCAGUAUGAGCGGAUAUGGUAAUCAAAGCGCAAUGAACAGUAGCUACUACAGCAGUGGGAACCGUGCGUCCAUGGGAGUGAAUGGAAUGGGCGGGAUGUCCAACAUGUCCAAUAUGAGUGCUGGCUGGGGAAUGUAACUGACUUUUGGUCAACCUUUUUUUUUAAAAAAACAAAACAAAACAAAAAACUAAGUUUAACAGUUUUGCAAUACAAGCUUGUGAUUUAUGCUUUACUGUAAGUGAAAUCAGGAUUAUUUUAAAACUUCAGGUUCAGUAUUUUUGAACACAUGGAAGAAAAACAUUCACUUAGGAUGUAAUAACCAAGUUGAGUAAAGACUAUAACUGUUAAACAAUUUUCAGCUUUUUCUCAAGUUAGUUUUGUUGUAGGAGCGUAUUUAAGCAGUAAGCGUAUUUAGGUUAAAGCUGUUUCAAUUAUGUUAAAUGUUGCUCUUAUACCACAUUACAUCCAACACUGUUUUGAAUGCAUGUUGAAAAACAUGCUUUUUUGUAAACUGAAAUAUAGGAGCUGUGUCUGCGAUUCAAAGUGAACAUUUGGCAUGUUAGUUCUAGUUUAUUUCUUUUAAUAUCCUGUAAGGCACGUUUAAGCUUUUUUUUUUUUUUUUAUUAAGUUAAUGGGGAAACAUGUUGAGACGUGAUACAGCUACUUUAGGAUUUUGGUCUUGGUGUUCGUAUAAAAUUCUGAGGCCUUGAUUUAAUCUUUCAUUGUAUGGUGAUUUCCUUUUUAGGUGUAUUGCGCUAAGUGAAACUUGUUAAAUAAAUCUUCCUUUUAAAAACUA